UUGGAGGGUGUGGGGCUUCAGGUUGGGCCACAUCACCAUAUUUUCUGAUUAUUUAUGUUGAAAGCUAAAGAAAGAAGAUGAAACCAGCUUCUCCAUUUUGAAGAAGAGUGACAGGAGAGUGGAAUUUGCAGAGAAGAUACAAGCUUUCGUUGUUGGGUUACAACAAUUUGACGUCUUUCACAAGAAAAAAGCAUGGCCAGUUGGGUAAGGAGCCCGCAGCCUCAUCCCCAUCUCCAUCCUCAUCAAUCUUUCAACAAGCGGCUGCUAAUUCAACCGCAAAGUCGUACUUUCAGGCUUUCAAAUUCCCAUCGCCAUCUUCGGAGGAGAAUUUACUGUAACUAUGAUGACGAUGCCACCAAGAAACCAUCACAACCGCAAGCUCCACAGCCAACUGGGAUUAAGCUCUACUCUGAGAUUGAGAGAUUACUUACGGAGACUGUGAGGCAAUCCCAAGGUCGCUGGGAUGGUUCAAGCGACUGGACUCAAGUGGAGGGGGCAUGGGUUCUCAAACCAAAAACCUCAGAACCCAAGGCCGUUGUACAUUUUAUUGGUGGCAUAUUUGUUGGAGCUGCCCCUCAGCUUACCUACCGCAUGUUUCUUGAGCGCCUCUCAGAAAGGGGUAUUUUGGUGAUUGCAACACCAUAUGCUAGUGGAUUUGAUCACUUCUUCAUUGCAGAUGAAGUCCAAUUCAAAUUUGAUCGGUGUUAUCGGUUUCUUAAAGAGACGGUUCAAGAUCUUCCUACUUUCGGCAUUGGCCAUUCUUUGGGAUCUGUCAUCCACCUUCUGAUCGGUUCAAGAUAUGCUGUUCAAAGAAAUGGGAAUGUGUUGAUGGCAUUCAAUAACAAGGAGGCAAGCUCAGCUGUUCCUCUGUUCUCACCUGUUCUUGUUCCAGUGGCUCAAGGCCUCGGACCAAUUUUAUCACAGAUUGCAUCAUCACCAACGGUCCGCUUUGGGGCAGAAAUGACUUUGAAGCAAUUUGAAAACCUUAGCCCUCCCAUCAUGAAGCAAGUUCUUCCUUUAGUUGAGCAGCUCCCUCCCUUGUAUAUGGACUUAGUUAAGGGAAGAGAAGAUUUUGUUCCAAAACCUGAAGAAACUCGACGACUUGUAAGCAAACCUAUAACUAUUUACAAGAAUCUUCUGGUGAAGUUUAAGGAUGAUACAAUUGAUGAGACUUCGAUAUUAGCACAGUUGCUAAGUUCAGAGUCAGCCAUCAGUUCUAUGCUAGACAUGUCAAUUCGCUUAUUGCCUGGAGAUCACGGGCUUCCUUUGCAACAGGCCCUCCCAGACGUGCCUCCAGCAAUGGCAGAUGCAGUAAAUCGUGGAAGUGAGAUGUUGGCCAAUCUCACCGUGGGGACGCCAUGGGAGACAGUUGCUAAAGAAAUAGGCAACUCAUUAGGCGUGGAUUCAAAGAUCCUUCGUGCAGAAAUAUCUAAAGACGUAGGCCUGCUUGUGGAUGUGGUUGUAUCUUGGAUAGCUUCCAACACAGUUCCAAAGCUUUUGAAGCCGUGAAGAGUUGGACAAACAAUAGCAUACACAUGAGAGACAGCAAUUGUUAUCUCACUUAGACAAGGAUAUGAUAUUUAACAGGACAAUGAAAGGAAUUGAUUUGGAAACAAAGUCUUGUUCAUAUUCAGUUUUAUCCUCAUUUCAUGUAAUUUCAGAGACGCCCAAUUAUAGAAGUAAUCAAACAUGUUUUUACACAACCAA